AAUAUUUAUGGACCUGACUGUAUAUAUACAUACACACAUACACACACACUAUAUUGCCAAAAGUAUUGGGAUGCCCCUCCAAAUCAUUGGAAUCAGGUGUUCAAACCACCUCCAUGGCCACAGGUAUAUAAAAUCAAGCACCUAUUCAUGCAGACUGCUUCUACAAACAUUUGUGAAAGAAUGAGUCGCUCUCAGGAGCUCAGUGAAUUCAAGCGUGGUACCAUGAUAGGUUGCCACCUGUGCAAUAAGUCCAUAUGUGACAUUUCCUUGCUACUAAAUAUUCCACGGUCAACUGUUAGUGCUAUUAUAACAAAGUGGAAGCAAUCGUGAACAACAGCAACUCAGCCAUGAAGUGGUAGGCCAUGUAAAAUGACAGAGCGGGGUCGGCGCAUGCUGAAGUGCACAGUGUGCAGAAGUCGCCAACUGUCUGCACAGUCAAUAGCUAAAGACCUCCAAACUUUGUGUGGCCUUCAGAUUAGCACGAUAACAGUGCACAGAGAGCUUCAUGGAAUGGGUUUCCAUGGCUGAGCAGCUGCAUCAUCCAAUCCUUACAUCACCAAGUGCAAUGCAAAUCAUCGGAUGCAAUGGUGUAAGGCACACCGCCACUGGACUCCAG